AACAUGAUUGUCAUCAAUCAUAGGAUAUUUCGAAGGGUAAUGCAUCAUAUCUUGUGCUUAUAUGAUAGAUAUCCGCAGUCAUUGUCACAAUGGGGAACAUUGGAAAAAAAAAGAUAUCGAACUUUUUGUUUGCAAUUGCAACUAUAGAAUUUCUGAUUAAAUCAAAAUGAUUCACCAAGACCCCCGAUGACAAAUGCCAACAAAGAAAUGCUGUUAAAGAAAAAUCCAGUGUAAAAAUCAAAAGCGAUUUCAGUGCAGAACUUUUGUGUAGUAAGAAUUGAAGUGCAAUCGACUACUGAGUGAUUAACUGGGUAAAGCAAACAGCUUAGGCUCAUUCACUAGUGAAGCAUUUGCGCUUAUCAGUUAUCAAGCUGGUGUGGGGAAAGGUGAGGAGAAAGAGAAAGAGCAUUCGUGAGGUGUGUGUGUGUGUGUGAGUGGAUACAUUUCAAUUAUGAGGAAUGAAAGCGAACGAGACGAAUUGCCACAAAAAAAAAAUCACAAUGUAAGGUAAGGGAAAGAGAUGGAGAAAGAGAUAGAGAUAGAAGAAGAGGAGUUGCAAUCAGGGGCAGGUAGAGAGACAUCGACUGAGAUGUUUCGCAGUUUGUUGGGAUGCUGCUCUGUGCUCCGUGUCGUGACCCGGUUGAAUUACUGUGUUUACCUGCUCGACGAUGAUUUUGUCUGUCUGCCUGUUUUGUGCAUACCUGCAACACACACACACACACACAUGCACAUACACCGAUCCAUUGAAAUCCCAAUGAGCCGUUUAGUGCACCAAGAGAAAACCUGACGCAAUUAUGAAAUUUGCAUACACAUGGAAACAGGAGUAGGAAACCCAAGCGGAAACACAGUGCGGAAACAGCACAAUUAUUUCAUAUGCAAGCGAGAGCGAGAGAGCGAAAGACAGAAAGAAACGAAAAGAAUGCUUCAAAGUGCAUUUCGAGUUGGUUUCCAGAUGUGACCAGCUGUUCCACAAAUAUCGACAACCGUCGAGGGUGACCAUUUUGAAGUUCGGAAAAAUACCGACGGUUAUGAUAUCGAUGUUGCUUCGCGUCUACAAAGUUCAACAAAGAUAUUGAAUAAACGAAAUAAUUAAAAUGUUCAGUGAGCAAUUAUUCCCACGUGUUCUUAACUACAUUGACGAACUCAGCACACAAAGUGAGGAUGUGCGCAAAGUGUUCGGGAAACUGGAAAUUGCGCUGGAAGAAGACGAGACGCUGUGCAAAUCAAAAGAUGCUCUAAAAAAGGAUAUCGGCAAUCUACGCAUCGAUUUGACGCUGAUUCGCGAAGCUGCCAUCAUAGCCGAGGAGCAGCGUGAGGAGAACAACAACAGUCUCAAAAUCCUGGACAAUAACUAUGUCAAUCUGCUGAAAAUUGUGGAUUUCCUUGACGACGAUCGGAUGAACAAUAUUUUGCGCUUUGCUAUCCUCAGCAGGCAGAACGAAGUGCAGGAGGAGCUCAAUCAAAUUGAACUGCAGCAGAAAAUCGAUCAUGAUUGCAAAGCCGCCAUGGAACGUCGUAAGAUUGUAAAGGAAUUACGCAAGUGCCAGCAACUGUUCAAUGAUACAGAGGAGGAAAAUCUCAGCGUUGAGCUGGAAUUACAACAGCUCAACCAUCAUUGGAAAAUCAAAAUCGAUCGAGCAACACAACAACGCAACAAGAAGAUCGUCUCCCUGGUGGAGCUGAGCAAGCAAAUUACCGAAGAGCAAACUUUUAAAGUGCCAAAACCAUAUGUAGUUAAGAAUACUAUCAAAGAUAAACGUAAUGCUCCAAUUGUGCUGCAGUCAGCCAUGGAAUUCCUGAAAAACUUCCAAAUUAAGUCCAAGAUAGCGAAGCCAAACGAGCAGCAACCGUUGCGUCCCAUUUUAGUGUCGAAUCGUUCAUCCGAGGAUGACAGGAAUAUCCAGCCUAGUCCCACGAAACAGGUGCAUUUUGGUCCGCUGCCGGUGCCGUCGUCUUCCGAAAACUCUCGAGAGACGUUUGAAAGUAAACUUGAGGAAAUGAACAAUGACUACGAUAUGGUCGAAGUUUCAGAACUCUCAGAAUUCAAUCUAUCGCAUCUGCCAGAGCGCCCGAUUAUCCAAAAUGUUGAAGUGCUACCGUCAGUGAAAUUCUCUUUUGAUAACGAUGCUGCUGUUUUUGAUGUCUCGACUUGUUCGGACUCGAACAAUGCAAACAAAUCAAUGGAUACUCUUAGCUUCAAGAAUAUGUUUUCAUCAUCUCAGAUUUGCGAUGGCAAGCCAUCGUUGGAAGAGCUCUCACAACAGUCAAUGAAUAAUUUUGAAACUAAUAAUGUUCGUGAAUCGAACACCUUAGAUUUUUCAGCUGUAAAACUUGACUGUAACAAUGAUUUUUUCUUGAAUUUCGAUGACGAUGAUUGCAGUGUAGAUCCGCAAAAUGCCUAUGAUCUUUAAUCAUUUCAAAAUAAUACUUUUCAUAAUUUGCAAUCAUGAAUUUUCUAAUGAUUUAUCCCAUUUUAAAUCAAUCUUAUUGUAUUCAAAAUCAUCUAAGUUUACGAAAAUCUUACGAUUUAGUUUUAACAUUUUCAAAAAAUAUAUUCAUUU